UUUUUUUUUACAUUUUAAUUUAAUUCAGACCUUCUGUAAGUAUGCCGUUACCACGUUUGCACAUGCCAAGAAUGCCAAACUGGAUGCCAUUGACAGACUGUCCAAACGUACCAAGUCCCCGAACUGUGUUAGUGGAUUGCAGCAGUGUUCUGGAUCAUCAGGUUGGUGCUGGUAUCUGUGGGUGUUGUGGGGCCUUGCGACCCCGGUACAAAAGGCUGGUGGACAACAUCUUCCCAGAGGACCCAGAGGAUGGCUUGGUGAAGGCCAACAUGGAGAAGCUGACAUUUUAUGCCCUGUCAGCCCCAGAGAAGCUGGACCGGAUUGGUGCCUACCUCUCCGAGCGCCUCUCCAGGGAUGUGGCCCGACACAGAUACGGGCAUGUCUGCAUUGCUAUGGAGGCUCUGGAUCAGCUCCUCAUGGCGUGCCACUGCCAGAGCAUCAACCUGUUUGUGGAGAGCUUCCUCACCAUGGUGCGCAAACUACUGGAGGCAGACAAGCCCAAUCUGCAGAUCCUCGGGACCAACUCAUUUGUGAAGUUUGCCAACAUUGAGGAGGACACGGCUUCGUACCACCGCAGCUACGACUUCUUCGUCUCGCGCUUCAGCGAGAUGUGUCACUCCAGCUACGAGGACCCAGACAUCCGCACCAAGAUCCGCAUGGCGGGGAUCCGUGGGCUGCAGGGGGUGGUGAGGAAGACGGUGAAUGACGAGCUGCAGGCCAACAUCUGGGAGCCGCAGCACAUGGACAAGAUUGUACCCUCGCUGCUCUUCAACUUACAGGACGAGGCCGUGGAGAGCCCGUCCCCCUCUGCGGAGGCGGACAAGGAGAAGGAGAGUCCAGCGGAGCUGACGGAGCGUUGCCUUAGGGAGCUGCUGGGACGCGCCGCUUACGGAAACAUUAAGAACGCAGUCAAGCCUGUACUCAUGCAUCUGGAUAACCAUUCGCUGUGGGAAGGCAAAACAUUUGCAGUGCGCUGUUUUAAGAUCAUCAUGUAUUCCAUUCAGUCCCAGCACUCCCACCUGGUGAUUCAACAGCUGCUGGGGCACCUGGAUGCGAACAGUAAAAGCUCGGCCCGAGUGCGUGCAGGGAUCGUACAGGUGCUGUCUGAGGCAGCGGUGAUUGAGGCCAGCGGCUCCGUAGGGCCCACAGUGCUGGAGGUGUUUAACACCCUGCUGAAGCAGCUGCGGCUGAGUGUGGACUACGAGCUGACGGGCGCCUACGACUACAGCAACAUCGGCUCCAAGAUCAUCAAGGAGCACGAGGAGAGACAGCUGCAGGAGUCUGUCAUCAAGACAAUCGGUUCGUUUGCGGGCACGCUGCCGACCUACCAGCGUUCGGAGGUGAUGCUUUUCAUAAUGGGGAAGAUCCCUGUGCCUGGGAUGUACCCGGCCCUCGGCUCGGCCAACACAGGGUUCGAGGGCAGCCGCAUGAUUCAAGUCAUGCUACUGAAGUCACUCUUACAGGUGACGGUGGGCUUCCAGACCACCAACAUGCUGACAGCCCUGCCCACCUCCUUCCUGGACCCGCUGCUCUCCUUCACGCUGAUGGAGGACGCCGAGGUGCGCCUGCUGGUCCUGGAGAUUCUCAUCAGCAUCAUCGAUCGCCAUGACAACCGCCUAAAAAUCUCCUCCAUCAGUAUAAUCGCAGAUAUCGCAGUGCUGAAACUGAAGGUGGAUAAAUGCUCCAGACAAGACAAUCUAUUCAUGAAGAAGAACUCCCAGAGGUUGUAUCGACACAUCUACCUGGUCUGUAAAGAAGAGAACAGCUCUCAGCGCCACUUUGAGUCCCUCUUCUCCCUACUCGCCCUGCUGUCCAUGGAGCUGGCCAAUGAGGAGGUGGUGGUGGACCUCAUCAGGCUGGCCUUGGCCUUGCAGGACUUAGCAGGCGAGGAGUCGCUGCCCGUGUACAAUCGCUGUGCCAUUCAUGCCCUCUCAGCGGCCUACCUGAACCUCAUCUGCCAGUUGACCACCGUGCCAACCUUCUGCCAGCACGUCCACGAGGUGAUUGAAGGUCGUCAGAAGAGCGUCCCAUAUUUACUGCCAGAGGAUGUGUUUGUGGAGAAACCAAGACUGCCAGAGAGUCUGCCGAAACCUGAAGGGGACGUGGUCUUCUUGCAGUCCAAAAUAGCAGAGACGCUAGGCGGGAGCGGCUACAACACAGAGAGGCUGGCCACACCUUACAUUCCACAGAUAACAGAUGAGGACAGGCUGUCGAAGAGGAAAAGCAUCGGGGACACCAUCUCUCUCCAGCUGGAGAUGGACUCCAGACACAGUCCAGAGAAGGAGCAGAAAACUCCCACCGAGCAGAUCACCUUUGAAACAUUAAAGCAAGCCAUUGUGGACAGUGUGAGCAUGGAGGAGCAGGAGAGGGAGCGCAGGAGGCUGGUGGUGGAGCACUUCCAGACGGCUCCCUUCGAGGAGAUCGCUGCCCACUGCGGAGCCAGGGCCUCCCUUUUGCAGAGUAAGCUCAACCAGAUCUUCGAAAUCACAAUCAGGCCACCCCCAAGUCCUUCAGGAAGCGGCACCAAUGCACAUGGGGGACAGAGCCGCUCCAUCCCGGUGUAUGAGAUGAAGUUCCCUGACCUCUGUGUCUACUGAAGGUGACAAGGUCCCCAACACUGUUUGCCUGAGUAGCCCACCAUUUGUAUUUAUUCAUUUUUGUGUGUUUCUGUUGAAUUUUUUCACCAAAAUCAAACUGUUUUGUUGUUGCUCACACUGACGUGCUUCUUUUGCACCUUGCGUUGUUUGACUUUUAAAAUUGUGGUAAGUGAUAAAAAAAAUGACUAAUAUUGAGGAUGUCAAUAUUUUAAUGGUUCCGUGUACUAUCGCGGCACAUGGUUGAGGAACAAAUCUUAUUUGCCAAAGUCCCUCUGUUUACUUACUGUGUGCUGAUGCUCAACAACAACGAAUCAUACAAGGCACGUCACAACACUCUGAUUUUUAAGGAAACACUAUUUUGAGUUCCUGUACUUACCUUGAAGAAAGCAUGUCAGUGUGACCAACAGCUGGUGUUGCAUCAUCUUAAAACAUGGAAGAUGCCUGGUGUCACAGGAAAGCCAGUGAGAUGGUAAUUAUCACUAUAAUAAUCAAACAUGAAAUUACACUGCAAACAUUUCCAUAAAAUAACUUCCAAUGGAAUACUUUGAUGUGUCUCUUCAGCAAGUCAAGUCAAUCAGAAGCUCUAUCCUGUCCCUAUGUUUGUUGUGGUGCAAUCAUGUUAGCUUUACAGUUUACUACCGUAGAUUUCAUGAAUCAGUGUAAAAACUCUAUGCGUACCUACACCAAAAGGUACCUCAGUGCAUCGAAUGUUCUCAAAAUAGCUACCGUUAAGAAUGUCUGUCUUCGUGUGCACUGUUUCAUUUGUAUGGUACAAAAUACUUUUAUGGUUAUGAACAUAUGUAACUACUCUGUAGACUAGAGCAUCACCACGCUCGUCAUGGCAUACUUGUGCAAGAUACAAAGACUGCCUUAAAUGCUGAUCGAAUUGUGAAAGAAUGUACUGUAAGACUGUAAGACUCAGACUUCUGACAUUAAUUGUUUAGACAUAGGGAUGCACCAAAACCAAUACGACUACAAUAAAUUGGCUCUUCCAGUUAAUUCUUAUUAGCACUUUUUAUUUAUUUAUUUUUUUAACAAAUUUAACAUUUGUUUAAUUCUUUCAUCAAAAUUUUUUAUUUUGGAAACAUUAUAGCGAUCAUAAGAUAAACAUGUUCUCCAUGAUUAAUUGAUCUUAUUUAUUGUCAAUUAUAAGUCAAUUGCCAAAAAAAAGUUUAUUGUCAAAAGUGAAGUACCCAAAUACUUGCACUCAGUAUGGUGCAUCCUUAGUUUGUAUGAUGCAGACAUCUGGUGUGCAUUUCCCGAAACCAUAGUUGCUAACUACGUUAGCUACUUUGUUGUUGCAAUUUCCCAUUGACAACUACUGAAGUUGCUAACUGGCUAACAACUACGCUUUCGAGAAAGGCACCUCUGGUGUGCAUCGAUGAAAUAGUAAGUAUUAUCAAGCAAACUGUUACAUCAGAAAGGUCUGGAAGGCUUUGAGCUGGUGUACUCAUAGUGCAUAUCUUGUAGUGCAUGUAUGUGUGUCUGUUUGUUGUGUAUGUGGGGUGUCUACAUGCUGCAAUAAUUUUGUACCGAGAAGCAAUAAUAAGAACUUAGAGGAAUUAAGCUGUAAGCCAACAGAAGGGGAGACAUAGUCACACUGAGAAGAUGAGUUUUGAUCAGAAAUUAAUAUUACGCUGGAUACUUUCAAUAGUUUUUGUUACUUACAUGUUCACGUCAUCGUAAGAAGCAUAGCAUUGUUUUGUCAACAAACCGCUAUAUUUGUCACUGGUGUUAGAUAUCUAGUAUACUGGUAUACAUUUAACAAAUGCUUCUUGUCAUGCACAUAUUAUUAUAAGCACUGUGUUUCAUCUCAGGAAAGGAAAAUGCAUCUGAUGACAAUGAAAAUGAAUUCAGCUCAGAAAAAUGAAUUCAGGGGUGCAUUUCUCAACACCAUAGUUACUAACUAAGUUAGCUACUUUGAUGUUUGCAACGCAAUUUCUCAUUGACAACUACCAAAGUUGUUAACUGGCUAACAACUAUGCUUUCGAGAAACGCACCCCUGCUCAGCUUGAGUGAGCUGCUCUGAACGUAAUGAUUGUAAAUGACAAUGUUGAGGAUAAUUCGAGCUUUGCUCCUUGUAAAGAUGCAUCCAAUGGAUUAUGAAAAGAAGCUGCUGUACUGUAUAACGGUGGUGCAGGGGUUGGGAUGCAAGGGCCUCUUGUUUUGAAGAGGUGGGCUUGCUGGUCCUAUGAAAAAAAAAAUUAAAGCGGCCAAUCAAUGAU